AUGUUGCCUAGAAAGUUUGACAGUGGAGCUCCGAAAAGAAAGCAUAAAAAGGAGAGAGAAGUUUUUGAAGCCAAAUUGCAGAAAUUGACAACAUUUUAUAAAGUAAAUUCUAAAGAAAUUGACAAAAAUCAUCAAUUGGGAUUGGAAAGUAAUGAGAAUUCCGAAAAAGUCGAAUUUAAUAGUUUAGUAAAUGAAACUUCCGACAUAUCAGAAUGUGAAGAUAAGAAAGAAAGCAAUGAUAGUUUGAAAAUAUGCGAUGCACAAAGUGAAUUCGAGAUUUUAAGUAGCGCAGAUGAAAAUCCUAAACUACGGACGACAAAUUUGACUACAUUUACAGCUAUAAUUUGCAUCCCAACUUGA